UUCAGUUCUCUUAUUUUCUUUGCAAAUGGAGUUGGGUGGCGUUGUUGAGUCUCUUCAGAACAAGACCAUCUUUGUCACUGGUGCUACUGGUUUUGUAGCAAAGAUUUUUGUGGAGAAGAUCCUCAGACUUCAGCCUAAUGUCAAGAAGCUCUAUCUGCUUCUGAGAGCUCCAGAUACAAAGUCAGCCACAGAGAGGCUUCAUAAUGAGGUUUUGGAAAAGGAGGUGUUUAGGGUCCUGAGACAGAAACAUGGUGCCGGUUUUGAUUCUUUCAUGUCGGAAAAAGUGAUUCCGGUGACGGGGGACAUCACCUGUGACAACUUGGGAUUAGAAGACUCUGAUGUGAGAGAUGAAAUGUGGGGGGAGAUUGAUAUUGUCGUUAACGUAGCUGCAACUGUGAACUUUGAUGAGAGAUAUGAUGAUGCGCUGCAUGUCAAUACCUUUGGUGCGAGGAAUGUUUUGAACUUCGCGAAGAAAUGUGCCAAGUUGCAGGUGUUUGUCCAUGUGUCGACUGCGUAUGUAGCUGGACAACAGGAAGGGUUGAUACUAGAGAAACCAUACCGUAUGGGUGAGACGCUCAACGAAACUUCUGGGUUGGACAUCGAGCAAGAGCUGAAGGUGGCGGAGGAAAGACUGAAGGAACUGCAGGCCCAGAAGCUUACAAAGAAAGAAGAGAGGAUCGCCAUGAAAGAACUAGGACUGAAAAGGUUAGGUAUGGACAAAUUUGUCCAGAGCCACUUUGUGCAAAAACAGCCAAAGAUUCCGGGAGAUUUGGUGGUGAAUUCUAUCAUUGUGGCCAUGGUCACUCAUCUCAAUCAACCAUGUGAGUCCAUCUACAAUGUGGGAUCCUCUGUUAGCCAUCCCACAGAGUUUACCUUGCUUCAAGAGUCUGCAUACCGUUAUUUCUCUAUGAAUCCAUGGAUGGACAAGGAUGAAAAGCCCGUCAAAGUUGGCAAGGUUGCAGUUUUCAGCACCAUGAAUGAGUUCCACAGAUACAUGACGAUACGUUAUUUGAUCCCUUUAAAGUACCCAUUCCUGAACCAACAUUUUGGCUGUCUACCUUCGGCAGCCCGAACUGUCCACAAGCUCUCUCUCCCACUUGACACGUUAGCUCACGUUAAAGAAGGAAUCAAAUUGAACUCAAAUGAGAAAAAGCUAGUAAACAAGUUCACGCAACUCUGGGACACCCUGCCCUAUACACAUGGUGGAACCCAUGAAAGACAGAUUCGUUAUCAUCUAAGUCUUGUUCCAUUGGAGAACAACAUCUGUAGUUGUUGGUUUAUUGCAAGGACAGCYAUAGAAURCUUGUGGUUGCAACGCAGCGGGGAGAAGUCAAGAAACAUACACCAGCGAAAGAACUUUGGGUUGCUGAGGCAACAGAUCGGGAAAAAGAGCAGACUCGUUUUAGAUGUCGAUAACCGAUUACGUGAUUAUUUAGGUGGUGUUUGGAAUCGGUGCUGUUUCUCUCAUGCGGUGCUGUAUARGUAUGCUGUUUUCUUAGAAAACGGAUUUUUCUUUUAUUUGGAACCAUUGCUGUCACAGUUGGUAUGUUGGUUGGGUAGUUCCAGCGAAUAUGCGGAUUCGAAUCCUGUUAUUACCACUUACUCUGUCCAGAUUCGCGAACAUGGGUAUGCAGAGAAUUCACUGGGGCCUCAGAACUCAAACCCAUACAAACGAGUCCUGUGUUCCGUCACCCAAGAAGCUCCAUUGUUAUCUACAAUCCAUCCAAAGUGCGCUCAGACUAUUGAAAAGCACAAAUCGAUGGACUUGUCGACUGAUGAUGAAUGA